AUGACCAGGAAGGACCAAGAUACAAAUCUAGAAUUAGCCAAAAAUGUGAAAAUUACUGAACAUUUGCUGUCAUUGGAGGAGUUGUGUGCUAAACUGGGGACACACCAUGAAAAUGGUAUAUCAGAGACAGAGGCAAAGGCACGGCUGGCCCAGAACGGCCCUAACGCCUUCACGCCUCCCAAACAGACCCCCUAUUGGCUAAUAUUCGUAGAGGAGAUUACGGCAGGUUUUGCCUUGCUACUUUGGGCCGCCGCCAUUGGCAGCUAUAUAUCCUAUGGAAUUGAGUUUGUUCCGCAAGAUAUGUCGGUGGCUGUUGUAUUAACAGUGGUGGUGUUAGGAACAGGCACAUUUUCCUUUUAUCAGAGAGUCAGAAGUUCUGACGUGUUCUCGUCGUUCAAGAAUAUGAUACCCCCGCAAACCUACGUAGUUAGAGGUGGACAGAAAAUGUUGAUACCGGCUCAGGAUAUAGUGGUCGGCGAUCUAGUGUACUGCAGAAGUGGUGAGCGUGUGCCGGCUGACAUGAGGAUUGUCAGGUACGUGCGAAGCUGUAGUAAUAGCACGGAGCACAUGGCGGUGUCUAGCGUUCCCAAAACCUCAAGGAUAGGGCAGGAGUGCGAGGGCAUGAAAGUGGACAACUCGUCAAUAACGGGCGAAUCGGAUCCAUUGAGCCGAUCGCCCGAUGCCGGACACAACGCCCCACUCGAGGCCAAGAACUUAGCCUUUUUCUCGACCAAUUGCGUGGACGGCAGUGGCUUCGGCAUCGCCAUCGCGACAGGCGAUAACACGGUGAUCGGCAAUAUAGCCAAACUGGUGUCCAAUAUCAAGAACGAUCAAACGCCGAUUGAAAAGGAGGUGAAUCGAUUUGUCAAAAUCAUCACGGUCAUUGCCGUGCUCACCGGGCUCACCUUUUUUGGUAUCGCGUUCGGUUUCGGGGGCACCUUUUUCCAGGCCUUCCUAUUUAUGAUCGGCAUCACUGUCGGCAAUGUUCCCGAAGGCCUACUGCCGGCGAUGACAGUCUCCCUAACGAUGACCGCCAAACGGUUGGCCUCCAAACAUUGUGUGGUCAAACAGCCGCAGUCUAUCGAGACACUUGGCGCCACCUCUGUCAUUUGUACGGACAAAACUGGCACACUCACUCAAAACCGGAUGACCGUCGAGUGGUGUCACGUGGGCGGCCAGUUGUUUCCCGUCCAACACGCCCGGGACGACAUCGACGGGCAGAUGGCGCCAGUGGCCGACUCGUGGGCGGCGUACGCCCGGUGCUGCCGCCUAUGUUCUCGGGCCGAGUGGGUCGACACGGAUGACAACCCGGAUAUUAUGAAGAGGCAGUGCGCGGGCGACGCUUCCGAGACGGCAAUACUCAGGUUCAUGGAGUCGGUCACCGGCCCGGUAGUCGAAUAUCGGGCCCAAUAUCCGAAAGUAGCUGAACGGCCGUUUAGCUCGAGCUAUAAGUACCAGUUCUCGAUACACCGUAACCCCUCUCCGGGCCAGUCGGGCGUCAACUUCUUUCUGGUGAUGAAGGGGGCGCCCGAGCGGGUGGUGGCCAUGUGUGGCGCGUACCUGACCGGGAACGGACAGGUCGAACGGGUGGACCCGGUGUUCAUGGAGCGCUUUGAGGAGACCUACCGCGAGUUGGGCUCAAUGGGACUCCGGGUGCUGGCGCUGUGCGACCGCGAGUUCACUCAGUUUCCGGCGAACCAUACGUUCAAUUUGGACGAUGAGAUGGGUUUCGAGUUGACGGACAUGCGAUUCCUGGGGCUGAUAGCCAUGAUCGACCCACCA